UCAACACAAUUUGAUACUAGCCAACAUGGAAGUAAUUUGCAUCUUUCCCCAUUGUGUACCCAGAAUUCCGGACUUUGUAGUAUUUCCUUUCACCCGCACGCUGCCAUUUGAAAAGUGGUGGAUAAAUUCCGGCUGGUCGGAUGUGAUUCCCUUGGACAGUUUGCCGGACAAAAUUUUGAUCUGCGAGGAGCACUUUGAACCGGAUCUCAUCAACAAACGCCAUAAGGUACCCAAGCUUGCGCUUGGUGCUCUCCCUACGCGUAACGUUCAAUGUCCGGGCGUAAAAUCGGGUCCGUUGAAACCGGCGGCGUCGGAUCGAGUGUACUGCCGACUGUGUGGACAGCAGCAAGCUUGUAAUCUUGACGAAGACCUUGAGUUGCUAUCGAAUCUGGAUGAAAUAUUCCAACAUCAGCUGCAACUGUCUGACUUUACCACUCUUCCGACAGGAGUGUGCACCCGUUGUAAGGCGUUGGGCAGCACGAUGCAAAAGUUUUGGAAGAAAUGUUUCGACGCACAAGAAACGCUCAAAGCCAUUUUUAACAACAAAGCAUCGACGUCCGGACCGUCGAAGGAGAGUUGCAUUGCGAAGCAAUUAACAUCCGCUGAACACCCCAGCAACGUAAACGUGAAAAAGAGAGAUAGCACAUCCGUUGAUAGAGAAGUAUCUCCCGACAACUGUGAAGAAGUAGUAGUGGUCCACACGUCGCAGUCGGAUGUAAUUGAGGAGCAAUUUGCCAACGAGUUCGAGUUUGAAUCCUACGGUGAAGAGCUGCCGCACGGCGACAGUACAGCGGACGAAUGUGAAGAGAAUCUGAAGACAGAGCCGUGUGAAUCUGAAAACCAACUGCUGUCGGAACAUUACGCAAAUGAUUAUGGGGAUGAAAGUUCCUCUCGAGAGUUUUUUACACGCACAGUCAAACAGCAGGAGCGCAGCGGAUCUGGCAAUGAGGAGGAAUCAUUACACAUGUGCGAAAUUUGUGGAAAUUCUUAUAAGACGCUUAAUCGGCUUAAGGCCCACAUCAAUCUACACAACAGCGCCCGUAAUCAUGAGUGUAACAUCUGUGGCCACAAGUUUAAGACGCGCCGAGGCCUGAAGGAACACGUAGAGUCAAAGCACGAGCGCAAAUCGUUUCCAUGUCAAAUAUGUGGCGUACAGUACAGCUGGAAGAAGGGGCUGGAACGGCACAUGAGCACCACCCACAGGGGCAAGGCACCGAAACAUAUUUGCAAAGUUUGCAACAAAGCUUUCCCAGUUCCGCACAAGCUGAAGAAGCACGUGAUGUUGCACACAGGCGAUCGGAUCUAUUGUGAAUAUUGCGGCAAAGGCUAUAGAUUCAAUUAUAUGCUAACGCAGCACAAAAUACGCGUACACGAACUUGUUUUCGAAGGAGUUAAGCUUUACAAAUCGAAAAAAAUGGUAGAUCGUCAGAAAGCGACCGGGAUUGAUGGUUCUUCUUUAAGCUACGGACAGGAAAGCGCAUCUUGUUGA